CCCACCGGCACCGUCCAGAGAAGUGGUAGAUCUCGGAGGGUGAACACGCAAGAACGGAAAGUGGUGUUUUGUUUCACCUGGACGGCUCUGCUCACCUGGGACCCAGACUCUUCUCUCGACCACCUUCCCACUUCUCCCUAGUUGUUUCCUCCAGGGACAUUCUUUUACCUACGUUGUUCUGGCCUCAUGUGUUAGAGAUGUUACCCACUUGGAGAUUACCGGACGGAGGAACAUCCGGAGGAAUGGGGAUCCUCGUGACGAUGUUCGCAAUCGUGGCUUCCGUGAGGACAGAAAUCAUCAUUUCGGACGCCGUUUACGGUGCCACCCAGAAAUUCCUAUCCUUGUCAAACUCGGGAGAAGACACCGUAGCCCUGUCUAUAAAAGCAUACAGCUCCACGAUAGAACCAGUGAUCAGUAAUCUAACCAUUGCAGCUCAGAAAUCCGUCAACGUUACAUCUCUGGCGGCAACUGCGCUGCCAAGCAGCGGAAAUUCGAAAGAUGUUGACUUAAGCUCCUUCACGGCUCCUCAACCCAACACUACUUGCGGGCCAUACUUCCUCGUGUUCACUCUGACAGCCUCUGGAGACAAGGAGCCAUACCAGCAAUAUCCCAUAGUUGUUAACCCGACCCAACCGUGCACCGAAGAUGUCGAUUUAAAGUGGGUUAUUAAUGACGAUCCAAAGGUCGACUUCUUGAUUACGAUAGAGGAUGGGAAACUCAAGGCAGAAGGCUUCACGAUGAGAAUCUCCAACACAGGAAACUCGGACCUUAAACGCCGAUCGCCCUUGAACACCCCUGAGGUUAUGGCUUACAUCACACAAGCACCAUACGAUUAUAACGCAACUCUGAAGGGCGAGAUGCACGUGGGGCAGCCCGAAUUAUACAGCUACUGGUACUCGGAUGGUUCUUCCAAAGCUAUCUCGCUUGAUGGAUGGUCUACGAUUUUACUAGAUGUACCUAACAAGCAAAGCAUCAAUCUAACAAAAAAUGCAUCCAUCAACGUCACGGUUACUGGUCUGGAGAUUCCCACGGGUGUACCUGAUCAGUAUUACCUGGCAGUUUUCGUAAUCGAUCCUUAUAACAAGACCAAAGACUCCAACAGGACUAACAAUUUUGCCGUGGCUGAGAUUGAAGUGCCUUACAUAGAUCCGACUGAAGCGAAAGACAACUGCCUCGUUCUACCAGAUGGCGACAGUGACGGUCGGGAUGCGACAAUCAUCAGCUGGGGAUCCGGUUGGAUAAACGCCUACGAUUAUAAGGCAAACGGCAGGAGGAGCGGCUUCGUCCCUAUCCCUACGUUCCUUCUCGACAAACCCAUGACCAACUACCACAAGGUGAAGGACUACUCCGGUAAACUGGAAGCCAUGGGCUUCUGUUCAGACGAUCAGGACGACGACGAUGAGACGAUUUAUAACUCGUUGCUCAUGAAGACUGUCGAGGUCAUUCGGGAUCUCAGAAGCUCUCUGGAUGAUGUGAAUCCCACUAAACCAGGACCAGCAGCCGAGAACAACAAGACAAAAGUCCUGCUGGAGCUCGCCGACUCCCUCCUGACGCAGGCCGUCGAGGAGGAAGGCCUCGUGAGGUACUUCCUCAUGAAGGGACUGUCCACAUCCCUGAAGAAACACUUGUUCCAGAUCCUGAUGCCUGGCUACGGGAUGAACCCCAUGAUGUUCGAGAUGUUCCUGACCGAGGCUGGAAUUCCCAUGCCCAAGCUUCGGCCGCCCCCACCCCCUGACUACCCUGGAAGUUACCCUGGAGGUUACCCUGGAGGUUACCCUGGAGGUUACCCUGGUGGUGGUGGCAGCUCUUGGGGAGGAUCUAGCGAGGGAAAUGUCUGGAGAGGCUUUGGCGGAAGUGAUGGUUACGGUAGCGGGGACUCUAAUGAUUCAGGUGGAGAUGAUGAUGGUGAUAAUGAUGGCGAUAAUGAUGAUGGUGGUGAUAAUGAUGGUGAUGGAGAACCCGACAUAGAAUUUGGAGAAGUCAAAACCGCAGGCACUGGCUUCCUUUCUGGUCUAUUACCUGGCAUGCUGAAUUCCAACCCAGGUCCUGCGGCGGCUACCCCGCGUCCCUCAGACAAGAACGAGGAGCAAGCAAAAUGCGAGACAGUCUACUGUAACUUCGGUGGGAGGGACAUGUGCCUGGACGAAAGCUGGGUAUGUGAUGCGGUGGUUGACUGCUCCAACGGCAAAGACGAGGAAAACUGCCCCGCCGUCUCUCCGAUGAAGUCAGACAAUAAAGGCAGCCUCCUUAACCUAAACAUGACAGACAGCAAGAAGGAACAGAAGCACGCAGCGGCGUUCCAUUCGAAGGUUGCUGCCAUGCUCAAGAAAACUUCUCCGCAGUUCCAGGGAAGUUUCCAGAGCAUCCACUUCCCAGGAGAGACCGGUUAUUCGGACAGCGGGCAGGAAUUCACUAACGAGUGGGGAGGCAAUGGUGGUGGUUCUGCAGAAGGGUUCUUCAGCGAGUUUGACGAUGACGACAACGGCGGAGGGAGGUUCGGAGGGAAAUACAGCUGGGGGAUGGGGGGAGGAGAUGGAGGAAGGUAUGGCGGUGAAGGACGGAGACUCAGCCCAGUUAAGAUGAUGAUGAUGAAGAUCUUUGCGAGAUUGGCAUCAGGCGCCUCGGCCGAGGAUCUUGACGAGCUCAGCUUCCUCGAUCUGAGCACUCGUAAGCUGAUCAAGAGAGUCUUCACCAUGGCCGUCACCGGAGACUGGCCUAAAGUACUCUUGCCUCUGCAGACGUGGACUUCGCCCAGUGGGGAUUUCGUGGGGGAGGUAGUGGAACACUUGAGACAACAGCAGUCGGUUCCUUUUGCCAUCACAGCUGAAACCAUCACCUCAGCCAUGGACUUCCUGAAAACCAACGUAUCGGUACGAGUGGCGGCUUCUUUAACCGGUAACCAGACCCACCUCGACCUCCUGGAACUUUCCAAGUCUUACAUGGAUAUAAUCAAACUCGACGCUGAAGAUAUUGCCGGCCUAAUACAAAUGAAAAUGGAAUUGGUUAUGAGCAAACCAAAAGAAGUAGGACUCCUUCUGAAAACUCCUGGACCGGAUCCAACGACUGAGAUGAAAUGCAUAAAGAAGGCCGAGAGAGCGCUGUCUUUGAUUACUCCACACGACGAUGAAAAGGAUCAAAAGUUCUUCAGCAAUCCGUUCGAACAAUUCAUGGCUUUGACCAAACAAGACCCGAAACCCUACUACUGGGUCAUAGAGGAUGGUGGGGUCUUCCGUGGUGAGCGCAGCGUUGUAACUGGUACCAUGUUUUAUGACAAAGUGGCUGUUUGCACUUGCGACACCACUAACUGGGGACCUGAUGGUAAUUCUUGGCCCAACACCGGCUGGGGAGGUACUGAUGGAUUCUCUAACCAAGGAUCUGACUACAAUCCAGGCACCAGCUGGGGAGGUUCUGACUGGGGAAGUUCUGGCUCUGGAGGUUCUGACUGGGGAAGUUCUGGCUCUGGAGGCUCUGGCUGGGGUGGUUCUGGAGGUGGUUUUGGUGGUGGGGAUUUCGGCCUUGGAGGUGGUUCCAGCGGGAGCUUCGGCUCUGAAGGUGGUUUCCAGAGUGGAAUGUGGGGGAGUUCCAGCAUGAAGAGGGGAGAUGGCGGCCAACGGAAACUUUCAGGAUCUCCUUCAAGAAGGGGUGAUGGACGACGGGAUGAUGAUGAUAAAGGAAACCACACCCACUCGGGAAACCACACUCACUCAGAAAAUCACACCCAUUCUGAGGGACAUGGAAUGAGACCCAGGGCUCUAAAUCUGAACCCUGGACAAGCAGAUUAUCACUUUAGUUCCCAUGUGCGGAAGAAGAGAGGUAUUGAGCAAGACAAAACUCCCUGGGCAAACACAAACAUCCAGCUUAAGAACAACAUUGUCAAAACUUCUGAAGGACUGGUUAGUGUGGAGGGCCAGGUUGUGGUGACAGUGAACGAAAAACUCGAACAGAGUUCUAUCUGUGAUGAUGGAGGAUGGGGAGUUGACGAAGCCAAGGUUGUGUGCAAUUCGCUUCUUCGACAACACAUGCAGGAAGGCCACGAUUUGUUAUCGGCUACCCCCACCAGCGUACCACCUAACCCAACAGGGCCAGAGGUCAAGAUUUCAGGACUCAAGUGCCAGGGCAGCGAGUCAAACAUUCUAGGAUGCAGAUUCCUUUGGGACCAGAGGUGCAAGGUGAAGGAGAUAGCAGGGGUCAAGUGUGUCAUCAAGUAAACCCAAACCAAAUUCACAUUUUGUGGUCAAGUCUAAGUUUUCAUCAUGUUUUGAUAGGCUCAAUUCUAAUGCAACAUGAAUUGGCUGUUCCUACUUUGUUCAUAUUCCUAGAGUGAGUGGAUGCAUAGGCAACACUUGAUAACUUUAUUUUUCAUUUUCUAUGCAGUUUCCUUAAUACAUAUUUCUUGUAUUAAAUCAAGUGCAAACAAAUCUUUCAAGAGUGGCAUAUAAACACUGUAAAUGAAAACCCCAGAAAAUUAGGAAGAAAACAACGGAUCAAAGAAGUUAUCUGCAAAUUACCCACUCACUAUAAUAUUUCUGUGAUGUAUGUGUGCCUUCUCCAACCAGGUUUACUGUAUGGUACAAACCUAUCUUCAAUAAUAACAAAUCGCUUCUCUACUAAGCUAAGAACAUCUUAUUUCACAAACAACAAGAACAUUUCACUUUUAUAAUACCAGUAAUGCACUUCAGAGUAAUGUACAAUGAUGAUGGCAAAGUUCACACAGCUUAAAAAAUGUAAAAGGCCUUUGUGGAAUUAAUUUUGUCUUUUAUUUCAAUUUUAGGCUAUGCCAGUACUAACGAUGAAAUAGCAUGUAUUAGCUUCGUUACUUUUGCUUCAGCAAAACUGCUGCAUAAUAAUCAAAACCAAAAACAAAAAAAUCUUAUUAAGGGAUGAUAUUUGUAAGGGAUUAAAAUUGAAUUAUUCAAGUUUUUAAAUAUAUUUUGAGCAUUUUCGAGCUCAAAUUCUGUAUAGAAAUUUAUAUUCCCUGCGCCCUACUGUACAAUUAGCUAUAACUUGUAAACUUUCUUGAUUUAUUGUUUUUUAAGCCCAAGAAAACAGGUCACCGGCAACAUGACUGGUAAAUAAAGAUUAACCCAAGAAAAUUAUAUUUUUUAAUGCUAAAUGCUUAAAUUUGUAACCCAACUGGUGAUAGUAACUUUGACCAAAUCACAAUUGCUGUUUGCUUAUUCAUCUCCGCAUUUCGGUAACGAAACUAAUUCUUAAACAAUAUGUUUAAUGAAUUUACAAAACUAUUAUUAUGUCCACUUGAGUGUGAUUACACCCUUCCUGUCAAUGUAUGAUUAAUGGACCUACAAUGACUAUCAAAUACAAAGUUUUAACACACACCACCAUACAUGGUAACACCGCAAUUAUAAAAAAAAAACAUACAAAUAUUAUCAAUAAAUGGGAUACGAAAAAAGUUAGCAACUCAGUAUUGGCUGAUACAUUACAUCAACAAGAAGUUUUGUAUAAUAGGUCUCCUGGAAUGCAGUGAAUAUUAGCUACUAAGUACUAUUCUGAUAAUAUUUUCCGGCUUACAAGAAAAUACAAUCUAAGUCUA